GGGUUAAGUGCUCUGCUCUAUAAACUCUGCUUUAAGAGUCUGCUGGAAGCUACUGCAUCAGCCUUUAAAUACAGUCAUUUGACACAUCCCAACUGGGGUUUGUAGCAUAAAGCAGCUGCUGACCUAAACUCAGGCUUCAAGACGAGCUGGUGUGUCGGCAUCACACUGCUUGAACAGCAUGAAGGCUCUCUUAUUCACCUGUAUGCUGGUGCCAUGGCUAGUGGGAGCCUCGGCCAGGAGGUUUGACCAGGACUCACAGCUGAUACCAAGAUCUCUACCUGGCAGGGAGUUGAACGGAUACUUUGGUGACCAUUUGAAAUCAAGGAGGGCUACGAGGGAGCGGCCUCUUGCUGAUGAACCUGAUGACAGCCUAACCAAAGACGAAGGAGACGCCUCUGACUUGCCCACCUGCCUUCUUUGUGUGUGUCUGACUGGUUCAGUAUAUUGUGAGGAGGUCAGUCCAGACAUGACCACUGUUCCCAGCUUGCCAAAGGAGACAACCUACCUUUAUGCCCGCUUCAACAAGAUCAAAAAGAUCAGCACCAAGGACUUUGCUGACACAUUGGGUCUGAAGAGGAUUGACCUGACGGGGAACAUGAUCUCAGAGAUUGAAGAUGGGGCAUUCUCUAAGCUAACCGACCUGGAGGAAUUGUCUCUGGCUGAUAACAGAUUGGUCAAACUCCCUAUGCUCCCAGCUGCCAAACUCAAAUCCUUCAACGCCAACAAUAACCUCCUCAAAACCAAGGGUGUCAAAGCUAACGCUUUCAAGAAAAUGACCAAGCUGGCAAACCUGCUCUUGGCCGACAACCAGCUGGAAGCAGUUCCACACAUCCCAGACAGUGUUCGGAUCUUACAUCUACAGAACAACAACAUCACUGAGGUCAACAUAGACACCUUCUGCAGGUCCAAUGACACCUACUUCUUACGGCUGAGCCUCAGUGAGGUCCGUAUGGACGGCAACCCGGUGUUGCUGUCCAAGUAUCCCGACAGCUUCACCUGUAUGAAGGUACUGCCUAUCGGACGGUACCGCUGAGAGAAACUUUACUGUAACCCCUUUGUUGCUGAUGAAGCAGUUUUCCCACAGCAGACUGCUGUGGGGAUACCGUGAUGUUAUGGAUUUUGGGGUGCUGGUCCCAUGGUGGGGAUAAAUGUGUCAAUGUUUUUACUUCAGCAAACCUACAGACAGCUUGUGACAUUGUCAGGUCGAAACGAAACCAUUCAUUGGAUUAAAGUUGUAGAAUUGGCCUUUUUCAAUUCCACUGACCGGUGGAGAAUUUAGACAUCUGCAUGAAGUUGCACAUGAGAGUUGUUUAGAGCUACAGUCAUAUGAACUGGUGCAAAACCACCUGAGGAGGAGUGUAAAGGCUUC